UAUAUGAUAAUUUUAUCGAAUGUCUUAAUGUUUUUCCUGAAAAACUAUUCAAUAAAAUUAGUUGUAAAAGUUUUGUUCGUAUUUGGAAAGAGUUAUUACCGUAUAUUAAAUUUAUGACACCUGGUACAGAUUUAUGUGAAACAUAUGAAAUGUUAAAGGCUGAAAUUCGAUGUGCAAAUUAUAGUGAAGAAAGAUAA